AUGAGGUUGGACAGCAUACGGCUCUUGUGCCUCUGUGCACUCUCUGCUCUUCUCGCUGUGGCUGCUUUGGCUGUCGUCGUCCUCGCCGGUGGUGACGAGUGGCGGGCGAGCGCGGCUGCGCUCACUCUCUCGCCCUCUCCUGCUGUACUUCGUGCUCUAUGGCUAGCUGCUGGCCUCACAACGCUCAUCGUUGUUGGUUGUGGUCUUGCUGCUGUACUUCUCCCGGCGGCGGCUCCUGUCUCGCCCGCUAUCGCCCUUCUCCCGCUCCUCCUUGCCCUCCUGCAUCCGCUCUGGCCUCGCCCUAACCUCUCCCCCGUCGCUGCGGCUCUCGUUGCCGUGGCUGUUCCCGCAGUUGCCACCCUCUUUGCCGGCCAUCUCUCGGCCGCGCCGUUUGCUGCUCGGGACGAUCCGCUGGCUCUGGCACGCAUCCUCCUCGCCUGUCUUGCCAUCGCCUCGGCUGUCGCUCUGGCUGUCCUGGGCGGCCGUGUCGCCCCUGGCACCGGCUCGCCGUCCAAGGCCGCUCUGGCUCUACCACAGGCUCUGGCGUGGACGGCGGCUGCUGCAGGGCUUGCUGCGGGUGUUUCGGGCGCACUGGUGCGCCUCCGCGCUCGCAUGGCGUGGCCGCUGGCUCUGGUGUCAACCGGAGUAGCAGCAUCUGCCGCCGUCCGCCUUGCCCCGCUUGCCUCGGCGCUCUUUGCCGCUAGCCCGGGCCGCUCUGCCUCGAUCUGUUCGCCAGGCGUUGCACCGGCAAGCUUGCAUCUGGGCGACGGCUGUAAUGCCGAGCGCCGGCUGGUGGUGGGCAUUGCCGCUGUCGCUGCCCUGCAGACGCUUGUCUCGGCCGUCCUGGCCUGGAUCUCUGUGCCGCUGCGGCCGGCGGGGCUCGUCGUGACCGCCGCUGGCGAGCAGCCUGAGCACGCGAGCUACUCGAGCUACUCGUCGUCGAGCUACUCGAGCUCAUCCGAGACCUCAUCGCACAUGGCGCUCGACUCAAACUCGAACUCGCUUUCGAUCUCGAUCUCGUCCGAGGAUGAGGCAUCGGUGCGAAGCAUGUCAUUGUCGUCUACCUCGGGCGCGCUGGCGCCGAUGAGCGGGCCGCUGCUGAGCUCGUCAUCAUCGUCGCGCAUGCCGCUCAUCGCCACCCAGUCGCUCUUGCUAUCACCGGCUGCCGAGCGCCCGCCCUCGCGCGCUGUGCGCGGAGGCAUGGCGCUUGCAGCUCUUCUCCAGCUUGUUGUUGCCGCCGCCGCCAUCGUCCACGCCCUCGACGUGGCUGACAGCACUCCGACCUCGGCGGCCCGCCACCGCAGUGUGGCCAUUGGCGUCGCCGUCGCAGCCGCUCUGGCCUCCGCAUCCGCCGCCCACGGCCUGUUCGCCACCUCGUGGCUUUCCUUUGCCCUCCACGGUGCACUCUCGUUGCUCGCCCUCCCCACCCUUGUCGUUCAUGGCUCUGAGUUGUACGCGCUGGCGAGCUACCCCUCCGCUCUCGGCCUUGGCGCUGGCGACGACGCCGCCCUUGCCCAGGGCGCGGUGGUCAUGGCUGCCGCCGCCGUUAUCUUCACCGCCGCCACCACCGUCUCGCUCACCCUUGCUGCCCACUACUUCUUCCACCUCUAUCCUCUCCUCCCGAGCGAGCCUGUUCCCGCACCGUGGGGUGUUGCCGCUCCGCCGAACCCGUCCGAGCUCCGCCCGCCGAGCUCAAUGUCGAUCCACUCGUCGACCUCGACCGAAUACUCGUACCUCCCCGCCUGCGACAUCGAGGAUCUCGCCAAGAACCCACUCGAUUCUGCAGGCGCCGCCCAGCCGUCGUUCCCAUCGGCCUCUGUCUCACGUUGGUAG